CAUUUUAUUCUACGUCCUCAAAAAUAUUGAGUUUUCGCCCAUUAUUUUCCUAUUCUCUCUUGAUUUUCUCCUCGUCUUCGAUGGCCAAUUCAGUACUUUCUAAACCUCUAAUUACUUGUGUUUUCAUGUCCCUUCUCGUUCUUUGUUUCGUUGGAGCUCAUGAAAAGGUGAACGGGACAACAGCUGAUCCUACUAAGAUUCAAAAUAUUGAUUGCGGGGGAGCGUGUGCGAUGAGGUGCAAGUUAUCGUCGAGGCCGAACCUGUGCAAGAGGGCAUGCGGCACGUGCUGUGCACGUUGCAGCUGCGUGCCGCCGGGAACUUCCGGCGGCUAUGACGCCUGCCCUUGCUACGCCCACAUCACCACUCGCGGCGGCCGCCCAAAGUGUCCCUAAAUUAUGUUUCCUGCAUGCAAAAUCUCAGCCACCCGCAUCAUAUUCAGUGAAUAAUAAUUAAUAAUUCCGAGUUUCAUAAGUGUUUGAAAUAAGAAAUAUGUUAUUUAAUCUGGGAAAUCCAGAUUAUAUUCUUCUUGUGUGAAUAUGUAAUAGCGCGAGAUAUGAAUUAUCAAGUCUACAACUUGGACGUCUUUUAUUUAUCAUUCGUCUCUCUUGUGCAUUAGAUUCUGUACGUUACUUGGAUUUCGAAGAAGUGGGUCAAUUUUUUUGAUUCUGUGCAAUAUAUAGAAAGAAUUAAUGGAAGGGAUAACAAAGGCUUUUGAACCGACCA